AUGGAUCGUAUCAGGGGGACUGAUAACCAUGAGUACUUUGAUGAGAAUGGAAUAAGGGCCGAAAAGAACGAACCCGAAGCUCUUAUGAAAGUUGAUGAAGGAAAACCAACCGAUGGUUGUAAGACUUUAAAAGCUGCAUGCGUAGAGUGGAAGGAAAAAGUUGAAUCAUUUAAGACCCGUUUUAGUGCAAUUAAGCGUGAUGAAAGCCCAGUGAAACGAAAGAAUGAUGCUGUUGAAGAGACGUAUAAGAAUGACCAGGAGGUUGAUGGUGCAAGUAGAAUUUGGAUGUUGAAAGUCGAAAGUGUCGGGGGUGUGAAGUCGGCGAAGGGACGUGGGCUAAGCAAUAAUGAUCACCAAGAAAUGUGCAGUGCCUGGAUGGAUAAGGUUGCACGAAUCAAGGAUCCACCAAGCUUGAAGAAACAUGCUGAUAAAACGACGAUGAUAAAGUAA